AUGGAUGAAAAUCUAUCAGACGAAGCCGUGGUGGAGCAUCUCGAAAUCAUACGGAAACGGAGUUACAAGGACUAUCAGUCACUUCCUGUCCCGAGGACCACCAGCCGUGGCAUACCACUCUCUCAGCAAGGAUCGAGCCAUUCAUUUCAACUCGGAGAUCACCUCGCCAAUCAUUCGAGUUUGCAAUGCGGAUCGGAGGAGUCCGAGUCUGUGACGCCCUUACCUGUGAUUUUGGAUGAUGUCGAGUUGGACAUUGACGACGCUGCGAUCUGGAUUACUGCCAAAAAGGCAUUGCUUUGCAUCCGAGAACUCGUCGGGACGGAGAAAAAAUACCAAGGAGCCCUUAAGCUGCUCCAGACAGGACAGACAGUGAAUCAACCACCUCCGCUGUUGUUGACAUACCUUCCUGGCCUCAUACGAGUAUCAGAGGUGUUGCUAAAGGCCUUCCUUGAUGACCCCUCUGCUUGGGGCGUAUCCACUGCCUUUAUGGCUUGCGAAGAUGACAUUGAAGCUGCUUUGGUUUCGUGGUGCAGCGUGGCAGGCAACUUCUUUACUGAUGGUAGCCACGAAGGCGAGUCAGCCAUCACGGGAGGGAAAUGGCGUUCGCGCAAGUAUCUGCUCUCCGCCACAAACAAUCCCUUCACUGUGGUGGAGAAGUCGAGUGGAAACUCUGCUCCUUCUAGUUCCUCUCCUCCUCUUCUAACUCGAUCAAAGGGAGAGCCUCCAACUCGGAAGCAAAGCGUACGGGAUCUUGCAAUUCAACCCACACAGCGAGUCAUGAGAUAUGUUUUGCUGUAUCGAGAUCUAUUGGAGAGUACUCCCCUCACUUCUCCUUCCCGCGCUCUUGUUGAGAGAGCACUCGAAGCUGCGACACGCAUUGCUAAUAAAUGCGACCACGCACAGGAUACUGCCUUUUUCCGUAGAUAG